CCGCCUCCCCAACACUACCCAGUUCCGGACCUGCACAGGGAGCCGGGUGUUUGUCGCUGGCGUGAGCGGCGUCCUGGGCUGAGGUCUGCCCAGGCAGCACCCCGGGGAGUCCCGACCCGAAGUUGCUGUCCGGCCGUGGCAGUUCCGGAGCCUCCCGCCUGCGGCCCGCGGAACCCCCGAGGCCUGGGUGAGGUGAGCGGCGGAGGUUCGGCGGGAUGCGGGAGGGAGGACCGGGCUUCGGGAAGGUGCGGCGCCGGGGUAUGGGACACAGGCCCAGGAGGCGCGAGCCGGGCCUUUGUGGGCGCCGGCGGGCCGAGGGCCGGGCACCCCGGCUCUGUCCGCCUGCCGCCACCAGCCAUCCCACAGUGCCCCUGAACGAGACAGGUCGGGCACUUCGUCCCCAUUGGCUGGACCCAGUCACCCUUCUGCUUCCUCCCGACCCGUUCCCAGUGCGCUACCUACCCAGCGCCUGCCGGCAUUUGAAUUUGUUUCGGGCCGGCAGUGAACGUGAGAAAUUUCCUCCCCUUACCAUCACCCCUGCACUCCCGAGUGACAGGCUUGUUUUGCGCGAGAAGUGAGUCGCCGGCUUCCCCCAGUGGCAGAGCUAGGACUGGAACCCAGGUCUUUGGUUUUCUGUGCCCUUUCCUCAAGACAGCAGCCCCCUCCCCGCCAUAGGAGAGCUGAUGUUUUCCUUUUCCGAAGCAGCUUUCUCUAGAAAUCUGGAAAUUGUUUCCUUGGCAGGAGGGGGAGGAAUUGGGUGGGAAGGCUUGAGGUGGAGAAAAGUUGUCACAUGCACGCAGGGAGGUUAGAGCAGGUGCUCUGGAGCCCGCGGUGCUUGGAAUCCUGGUGCCACCCUCCCUGGCUGUGUGGACUGGGGCAAGUUGCUCCCACUCUGCCCUCAGUUUCCUGAUCUAUAAAAUGGGGUGCUGACAGUGCCAACUGUGCUGUGGGACUCGAUGAUGUAUUGGUAGGUAGUGCCUGGCACGCGGUGAGGCUCAGGGAGUUGCUGCUACUGCUGAUGGAGUCCUAGGACCUCUUCCUCUGAGCCAGGGAAAGAGCUGGGCCUGGACCAGGAUGACCCAGCCCUUCUCUCUGGUCCUGUCUACUCCUCGUUCCUUAUGACUUCCUUCUCUGAGGGCACUUGGCAUCAUUCUCAGGUGGUGUAAAGGUUUCAGAGCUGCUGAUUCUGAGGGGUGGAAAGCAGAAGGGGCUUCCUCCUGGCUCCCAUUUUCUUCUCUCAGAUUUGGCUUCUGGAGACUUCUCCCAUCCUAAGGGGGAACUGCCCAGAAAGAGGACAUGGCUACUGCACAGAGGGAAGCAAGGUCUCAGCGCAGCAGUUAUUACCCCCAUUUUACACAUGAGGAAACUGAGGCUCAAAGAAGUCAAGUGACCUGAAAUCAAACCCAGCUGUCAGUGACGUUCGAAGAUGUGGCUGUGCUCUUUACACGGGAUGAGUGGAGAAAGGUGACUCCUUCACAGAGAAACUUGUACCGAGAUGUGAUGCUGGAGAACUAUGGCAACUUGGUGUCAUUGGGACUCCCAUUUUCCAAACCUGAGGUGAUCUCCCUGUUGCAGCAAGGAGAAGAUCCCUGGAAGGUAGAGAAAGAAAGCCCUGGAGGCUCCUCUGUAGGAUGUAAGAGCAGUCCUAAAACCACAAAGUCAACUCAAACUCAAGACGCAUCAUUUUGGGGUCCAGUAAGGAAAAGACUCAAAAAAAAUGAACCCUGGAACUUCAUAUCAGAAAAACCCUGCAUAUAUGAAGACAGAAUAAAGAAACAGAAGGACAAAAAUGAAAGUUUACAAAUAAUUUCAGUCACCCAUACAAAGAUCCUCACUGUAGAAAGAAGCCAUAAAAAUAAUGACUUUGGCCAGAAUUUCAGCCUGAAAUCAGUGUUUGUUAAGCAACAGAAGAUUCCUAGAGAAAAAACACCCUCAAAAUAUGAAAUACAAAGAAAUAGCUUAAGGCAGGAUUCAAAUUUAGUUAACCAACCAAAAAUCAAGACAGCAGAAAAACGCUAUAAAUGUAACAUUUGUGAGAAAGCCUUCAUUCACAAUUCAUCCCUUCGUAAACAUCACAAAAACCAUACUGGAGAGAAAUUAUUUAAAUGUAAAGAAUGUUUGAAAGCCUUCAGCCAAAGUUCAGCUCUUAUUCAACAUCAAAGAACUCAUACUGGAGAGAGACCCUAUAUAUGUAAAGAAUGUGGAAAAGCCUUCAGCCAUAGUGCAUCCCUUUGUAAACACCUAAGAACCCAUACUGUGGAAAAAUCCUAUAGAUGUAAAGAAUGUGGUAAAUCCUUCAGCAGAAGGUCUACCCUUUUUAUACAUCAAAAAAUCCACGCUCGAGAAAAUCCCCACAAAUAUAACCCAGGAAGGAAGGCAUCCAGUUGUAGCACAUCCCCUUCUGGAUGUCAGAGAAUUCAUCUCAGAAAGAAGUCCUAUUUAUGUAAUGAAUGUGGCAACACCUUUAAGUCUAGUUCAUCUCUUCGUUAUCAUCAGAGAAUUCAUACAGGAGAGAAACCUUUUAAAUGUAGUGAAUGUGGGAGAGCCUUUAGUCAGAGUGCAUCUCUUAUUCAACAUGAAAGAAUUCACACUGGAGAAAAGCCUUAUAGAUGUAAUGAAUGUGGAAAAGGUUUCACUUCUAUUUCACGACUUAAUAGACACCGAAUAAUUCAUACUGGAGAGAAACUGUAUAAUUGUAAUGAAUGUGGUAAAGCCUUAAGUUCCCACUCGACACUCAUUAUUCAUGAGCGAAUUCAUACUGGAGAGAAACCAUGUAAGUGUAAAGUGUGUGGGAAAGCCUUCAGACAAAGUUCAGCUCUCAUUCAGCAUCAGAGAAUGCAUACUGGAGAAAGACCCUAUAAAUGUAAUGAAUGUGGGAAAACAUUCAGGUGUAACUCAUCCCUUAGUAAUCACCAGAGAAUUCAUACAGGAGAGAAACCGUAUCAGUGUCUGGAAUGUGGGAUGUCCUUUGGCCAAAGUGCAGCUCUUAUUCAACAUCAAAGAAUUCAUACAGGAGAAAAACCCUUUGCAUGUAAUACAUGUGGGAAAACUUUUAGGCAGAGCUCAUCACUUAUUGCGCAUCAAAGAAUUCAUACUGGAGAGAAACCCUAUGAAUGUAAUGCAUGUGGGAAACUCUUCAGCCAGAGGUCGUCCCUUACUAACCAUUAUAAAAUUCACAUUGAAGAGAACCCCUUCAAAGUGGAUUUGCAUGUGUGAAAUCCUUAAACCAAAGCUCAUUAGAAUACAGUUGGCCCUGCUUAUCUCUGGGUUCCACAUCCACUGAUUCAAAUAACUGCAAAUUUUAAAUAUUCAGAAAAAGAAUUCCAGAAAGUUCCAAAAAGCAAAAUUUGAAUUUGCCACACACUGGCAACUAUUUUCAUGGCAUUUGCAUUGUAUUAGGUAUUACAAGUAAUUUAGAGAUGAUUUAAAGUACAUGAGAGGAUGUACAUAGGUUAUAUGCAAAUUCUACACCAUCUUAUAUAAGGGACUUGAUCAUCCUCAGAUUUUGGUAUCUGUGGGGGGGUCCUAGAAACAGUCCCCCAUGGAUACUGAGGGACAACUGUAUACAUACUUGAGAAUGAUUUAGUAAAUGUAAUGAAUAUGAUAAAACUUCUAUUUUAAUUUAGUCCUCACAGUUAUUAAAGUCUAAGGAUAAACCUUGACUGUGUAAUAAAUACAUGGGAUACUUUCA